AUUUUUUCAAAUAAAGGGCUUUUCAGGCGACUGUCCCGCCCCUAGCCCCAAACAUCGAAAAGUCCCGAAAAAGGAAUCAAAUUAUGGGUCAAAUUGACAUUCGACGUUUUUUUUCAACUGAUAGAGCUGUUCAAGUUUCAGGUAAAGCCGACGGUAUUAUACCAACGAUUAUAACGCCAUCUAGUGACGAGUAGCAAGACUAGCAAGCGGCCAACUUCAAUGAAUCUCCAAUUUCAAAUAAAAAGUUCUACGCAAGGGAUCAUUGAUAAAUUGUCGUGAAAUACCCUUAACAUGAUAGAAAUGAAUUUAUCUCUUGAUACCCACAGUCACAUUCAUACCAUCGGAGGUCGAGAAGAGACGUGUUUAAUUUUGUGUAAUUAUAGUCACGCUGCCAUUUUGAGGAACCAUGCCGGGACCUUACCGCGAUAGAUGGGACCCACGCUUCCAACUGUCUCCAAUACCUGAAGACGACCGCUCAUCGUCGUCGAGCAGCGUCAGCAGCUUGCCGGACCUGAUCAUAGAGCCGGAGCCCAACCGGCACGAUCACGCGCCGAGCUUCUACGAAGAUCUAGAACGACGGAUGACGCGGUACUACCGCAAACUGUUUUUUGAUGAGAAAGGCAGUGAUGACGACAGCUUCGAGAUUGAAGAUAAUCGAAGUAUGGGCAGCACUUUCAUAAUACAUACCAACCAAAGGGAAGAUGAAAUAAGAAAUAAUGAAAAUAUAGAAUUUAAUGUAGAUGUUUCAAUGACAAGAGAGAAACAAUUGACAAAAUCUACAAUCGAAAGUGAUGAUGAUGUAACAGUAAAAGAACAGACAUAUAACGAUAAACGAAUAGACACUUGCUCAACAUAUAAAGAUACUAGUCGUAAAUCUAUUGAGGAUUCAAAGUCUUCAACUGCUGAAGAUGACGACGAGUACAUUCAGACGAUCGAAUCUCCGACGAAAUACGAUGAAAAUGAGAUCAAACUGAGCGAAAUCAUUGAAGUAAAUGAUAAUAAACAAAUCGAUAGCGAAAAGAGAUUAAGCUUAACAAAUAGAUCGAAAUCUGUUGAGGAAUUUGAUAUAAGCAGGCAAUUUGUAGCACUAAGAGAAUCUGAAAAAAAUGAAACUAAAUCAGUUUCAGAAGAUUCAGCCCCAUAUUGUCAUAGAAUAUCGACUACAACUGCAGAAAUACAUAAAUCCCCAAUAAGAGCUUCAGUUCAGUUUGAUAAUGGGAGCCCUGUCUUGAUACCAAGGGCGCUACAAUUCGGUAGAACAGUAUUUGGGUCUAGAGUUGUCAGAAGGCUUUCUGGGCAGAGCUUUAACGAUUUAAAAACUUCUGGGGAAAAUAUUAAUAAUGUUCCAACACAUGUAGCUGAACACUCAGAUAAACAAGAUAUAGAAGAACCAGAGCAACACACGCAAAGACUACUAACAUCCAGUGAACUAACAAGAAUUAGUAUCGAUAAAACAUUUGACGCAGAGGUAGUAAUAAUUAUCGGAACUGACCAUAACAAAGAAGAUGCUGUUGAUAAGAGUCACGAAAUACAUACGGGAGAUAAUUUGCCCGAAUGUAAACUUGAAAGUGAUUUUGAGCCUUUGGAGGAGAUGAGAGACGCUCGAGGGUCUGGCGGCGGUAAUGUGUCCUGGCAUGGAGAGAUAGAUCAUACAAGUCCUGCAUUAGCAUUUGAAGCUAAGACAAGUGCAGAUAAACUUGAAGAUGUAUCCUCUGCCUCAGAGGAAAUCAACGCUUCUAUCGAAAAGAGCGUAGAAGACGAUAUUAAAAAACAACGAGAUUGUGCUAGAAUUAUAGAUAAUUUUUGGUCGUCCCCAGAAGCCAGUCGUGAAUAUUUGCCAAAAGAUAAUUAUAAACGUAAACAUAAAAGUUCGAAUAAACGAAGAUCAGGUUCAAGUGACGACGCACCGCCGAGCAAGAGGGAGAAAAAUGUAACCGCCCAAACUAGUUCAGAUAAAAAAAUCAACUGGGAGGUAUUUAGAAAGGAGCUAAUAGUAGGCACACCUCUUGUGUACAGGUUAUGUAGGUGUCAGGACCAUAAUUGUUCUAUUCCUCCAAAUAUUCCUUGAUUCCUAUUGAAUUUGCUUUGCUUUUGUAAGAACUGCAUUUUUGUAUACUUUUACAACUUUUUUUGUGUCCAUUGAUUUCUUUAUUAUGUAACCAAAAGCUGGUACAUACGGAAUAUAUAUAUUUUUUUAA